AUUAACUUCGCCGAACCGAAAAGUAUGUCCGGGUGCGAAGUUGGUCGCAACGUGAAUUUGUGAAACAUAAAAAAUAUAAAUUAUUUUCUAGUUUAUUUCACAAGAUAAAAUAAAAAUAAUUGAAAAACCUUUGCCAAUAGAAAACAAAUUACAAGAAUUUUCCACAGGCAAAGAAAAUAUAGCUAAACUUUGAAAAUAAAUAAUCUUUUCAUUGUUUCGCAACCAGAGCAUGGAAUUCUUGUAAAUCAAAAAAAAAAAAAAAGAAAAAACGAAAAAAAAAGAAAUUGAAAAAAUGAUGAACGCCUAAUGUCAUGGAUCCCAUCGAAUCGUAAACUCUCAUGUUGAACAACAAGCUUCAGUACAAACUAACUUACAUUUUGCGGACCAUCGAAAUUAAAAUUGAGUAGCUUAGCUAUGGCACAGCAUACCCAGCCUGUAAAUCAUCAACCUCAACCGCAGCAACAACAACAACAACAACCACAACAACAGCAGCAGCCGCCACAACAGGCCCAAAUGCAGCAAACUCAACAGCAACAGCCCUCAUCCCAACCACAACAAUCCACAACACAACAGCAGCAGGCUUCCCAACAACAGCAGCAGCAACAACAACAGCAGCAACAGCAACAACAACAGCAGCAACAACAGAUUGUUAGUGCUCCCAAUUCUGUAGUCUCUCAGCAAAAUAAUAAUUAUGCACACCAUGGAGGUGCUGCUCAACCUGUGUACAACCAAAUGCAUUAUAUGCCUGCACAUGGUGUACAACCUGUUGCUGGCCCUGUCUAUCCUACAAUGAUCCCAGGAGGCAUUCCUCCAAAUGUUUACGUAAAUAACGUAACUGCCAAUGUCAAUCUACACGGCUGGACAGCUCAUCCAGUUCCUACGUAUAUUCCAGGAGGACCGCAGCAUUAUAUGCCUGGUGAAGUGCAACCUGCUAUCGCUGACCAGUCUAAUCAAGUUAUGCAACCAAUGCAGCCGUUGCCUGUGGCCACUUCCAAUCCAGGACGUAGUGCUCGCCGAGGACGUGGAAGAAAUAAUAAUAACAACAACAGCAAUCGUCGCAACGAUUAUGUACAACGACAACAGCAGGAAAGUCCAGCACCUCAAGAGAUUGUAAACGCUCAAUCGGUUGAUCCGCAAACAAUGGCCAAUGCAGCUUAUCCGCAGUACGCUUAUCAAUACACGUACCCAACGUACUUUGGUGGACCGCCACAAAAUCAUAUGGUGCAUCCACAGGCUCAACAAGCUACAGGACAUCCGUUAUAUGUUGCCAGUCCAAUAUCAGUAUACCCUGGCCCUCAAAUCUAUAAUUAUCAUCCAGGUAUAAUAUAUCCAUCGAUGAUGCAUCCAGCUGAGUAUCAAUUCGAUGAAAAUAGCGAUGAUCAACGAAGUAACGAUGGAAUGAUGCCACAGAUGUGGCACCACCCGAUAUAUCCUGAGGAGUUUGUCAAUCAUGAAAUGAUUGUACCCGAUGAUAUGAAUCACAAUGCUCCUUCCUUGGCUUCUUCAGAAACACCAAGCAUGCUAAGUCCAAAUUAUCAAAUUUACGAUCCACAAAUGCAACAAACUCUUGAAUUGCAACAACAGAUGGGUGUUAUGCACAUUUACGAUGAACAACAACAAAUGCAACCUCAUCCAGGACACAUACAACAAUUAGAAGACGACAUGUCUGAUUGCUCUAUACAAAUGCAAGGAGGUGCUAUAAUGCAACCAAUGCUUCCACCAAUGGAACAACAACCUCACCAUCAUAUCAUACAGACUCAAGUUAUUCCAAUUGAUGCUUCAACCUUGGAUCAAAGUGGUGGAUCUGAAAUUUCUCUUCAUGAACAACAUAUGCCAAACAAUAACGAUGUUGCUCUCGAAGCUGGAAUUCCUGAGCAAUGCGUCGAACCAAUACCCCAACAACAACAACUACAACCGCCACUACCACAGCAACAACAACAACAGCAGCCACAACUAGCCCAACAGCAAAAUCAACCUCCUCCAGCAAUUAGCUAUCAUCAACAUCCUCCACAACAACAACAGCAACAACAACAACCACAACAGCAACAACAUAUUCAGCAAUAUGUUCCAAAUAAACACCAAAACACUGUCACAAAAGAAAACAUGCGAGAUAUUAAUCAAAAUGUGCCAAAUAGCGCUUCACAACAUCUAUCGAACACAAGAAAUCAACAACAAAAAGAACAUAGUAAUAAUCCGCAUUACAAUACUCACAUUGAUGAACCACAUCAACCACAAAAUCAACAGCACCAAUCCCAUCAACAACAUCAGCAGCAACAACAACAACCACAGCAGCAACAACACCAUCAUCAACAACAACACCACCAUCAUCAACAACAACAACACCAACAAUAUCAACAACACCAUCGCAAUAACAGCCAACAACAACAGCAACAAAAUCCAUCUGUGCCUACAAACAGCAACAUAACUGUCCACAAUAAUGACUCUUCAGUUCAACAACAACUGCCAUCGGCGGCAGCGCCAAUGGUUAACAAAACAAUGUCCUGGACGAACUCCCAUACGAAAAAGAGUACUGCAUCUGUAGCGGUUACUGCCACACCAACAUCGACACACAAACCUUAUAAUCAUCAUGCGAAACCAUCAUCGUCAUAUAAUUCGUCAAACAACAACAACCAUCAUCAACAACAACAACCACAAGUAAAGAACUAUGGAACCAUGAAAACACCAUCGUCACCCGUUGCAAAUUCACAAAACAUUAAUAUCAAUAAUUUGAUGACAACCGCGCCACCACCUCAACAAGUAAAUGUUCCUUCUUCAGAAAGAAAAUACAAUGGACCAGGUGCAACAAUGGAACACAAGUCCUCCUCGGUAUCGACUACCUCAAUUGCUAGUUCAGUGGUUCCACAACAGUUCCAACAACAACAACAUUUGGCUUCAACAGAAUCAGUCAAACAACAACCCGCAGCAGUCGUCCAACAGCAAGUUCAAAAAAAGACCGAAGUUCUUAACUUAGCUCCACCAAUUUCUGCAAAUGCAUCAACCACUGCUAGCUCGUCAUCGUCCCAAUCAUGGGCAAGUCUUUUUGUCAGUGCAAAUACCACCAAUUUCACGACAUCUUUGGCCUCAACCUCGGCAAGUCCAGCACCAGCAUUGCCACCUCCAUUUUCGGCAAAGAAACCAAUUGCUAAAGUAGCUCCAUAUGAGGGUGUAACACCAGUUACUCCUACUCCACCUGUUGUCACUCCAGGUGCUCUGUCUUAUUCAGCAGCUUCAGCUCAGAAUCUUCCACCACCAACAAACAACAGUAACAACAACCAAGUGGGAUCAUCAAAACAAAAAGUAUCUGCAGAGACUUUGUUGUCAACAGCAGCACGAAAUAGCAACAUCGACGAAUGGUCAUACAAGUUUGCCGAUUUUCUUACAAAAUCCAAGACAGACUUUUCAGCAGCAAGUUUAAGACCAAGAGGCUUAACCAAUCCAUCUAAUUAUUGCUACAUCAAUUCUAUUCUACAAGCUCUCAUGGGAUGUGCACCAUUCUAUAAUUUGAUCAAAUCAAUUCCCAAACAAUUGGUUGCACUCAGUACUGAAGUUAAUACACCCACCAUAAAUGCUAUGUUGCAGUUCGCUUCAGAAUUCUCCUCAUUACCAACUGGAUUGCGUCUCAGUCGUCCUCUCAAACAAGUUAAAGGUAAAGAUGAAAUCGGCGGCGAAUUGCACUGCGAUCCUGCUUUUGAACCAACAGCAAUUUAUAAAUUAUGGAACGACAGUCGUGAGGAACAUGUUGAAGGAAGACAAGAAGAUGCUGAAGAAUUCCUGGGCUAUGUGUUGAACAAAUUAAACGAUGAAAUGUUGGAGGUUAUUAAGCUAAUUGCAAAACCAACAGUAGAACAGAAUGGAAAUGAGCAAGCUCCUGAGAAUGACGAAGGACAGGUUUGGCAGAUAAUCAACAAUCGUAAUAAGGGCAUUGUAACAAGACAAACAGAUUUUGGUAGAACGCCAUUGAGUGAUAUCUUCCGAGGAGAAGUACGUUCUCGUUUGCAACGCGAAGGUGAAUACUGUACCGAUUUAAUUGCACCAUUCUUUACACUUCAACUUAAUAUUGAGAAAGCCGCAUCUGUAAGAGAAGCACUUGAGAUUCUCGUGGGACGAGAUCAAUUGGAAGGUGUAACGGGCAGUAAAAGCAAACAAGAAGUAGUUGCAUGGCAACAAAUGACAUUGGAAAAACUGCCUGUCGUGUUGAUUUUACACUUGAAAUGGUUCAAUUAUAGAUCUGAUGGAUGCACAAAGAUUCUUAAAACUGUAGAAUUCCCAGUGGAAUUAAAAAUUGAUCCAAAAAUUCUUUCAUCAAAAAAAUACUCCCAAAAACAACGCGUUUACCGUCUUUUUGCUGUAGUUUAUCACGAUGGCAAAGAAGCAUCCAAAGGACAUUAUGUCACCGAUGUUUAUCAUACUGGUUAUUCAAGUUGGUUGCGUUUCGAUGAUAGCACAGUGAAACCAGUAAGUGAACACAAUGUAUUGCGGCCCAGAAUACCACGUGUACCCUACCUGCUUUACUACAGACGUUGUGAUACAAUGCCCAAUUUACCACAAACCACCAACACAACACUUCAAGCUAAUGCCAAUGCGAAUAAGUAGUAAGAUUAUAUUUAAAUUAUAAUAUAUUUUAGGUUAGAAAUAUAUUUUCAUAUAGGUAGGUGACUGCAUGGUUUAAAGAGAAGAACAAACUUUUUUUAAAUUAUAAGUAUUGAGUUCAUUAAAAAAAAUAAAAUUUGUUUUACGCGUAAUAAUAUAAUUGUAAUGCUAGAUAAUAAGAUAUGUGUAAUAUUAUUAUUAUUAUCAUAACGAAUUCAGAUAGGUUUUUAUUAAAUAACUGGAUAUUAGUUUUUAUGUAUAAAUAUUUUUUUUUUUAUUUUAAGAAUUAAUAUUUAAUGUGGCUGGUAUUAUUUAAACAAAAAUUAAACAAAACAAAUAUAUUAUUAUUAUAUAAAAAAAGAAUAUAUUCUUAUAAACAAAAGUUAAAUCUGCUUUUAGCACUAGUUAGGUAUUAAUCACACUCUGACUAACUGAAUUGGGCAUACAAUAAUAAAAACAAAACAAAACAAAAAUAUUUUUUAAUUUUGUUAUAAUAGUUUUCCUGCUCUGUUAUAUUGUUAGGAGUAAAAUUCUUUAUCACCACUUUUUUUUUCAUAACAAAUCAAAGAUAACAACAAAAAACAAUAUCAUUUAUUCAAUGAAAUUUUAAUAUUAAGUAAACUGUAAAUAAAAAAAAAAUAUCACAAAACGAGAAAACGUGAAGAAAUCCGGGAAUAACGAUGAAUACAUAGGUACAUACAUAGAUGAACAAUAAUAACUCAUAUUAUGCUGUAAAUAAUGAAAUAUGUUGUGCUUAUUAUAAAUAUAGCUUAAACUUUUUACAAACAAAGAAAAAAAAACUAUUGUUUCUGAAAAUAUUAAACAAAAAUACAAAAAAAAAAACGAGUAAAUAUACCUAUCGAUAAAUGUGUGUGUGAGUGCAUGGAUAUAUAAUAUUUUUUAAAUGUUUUAACUUUUUUUUAUUUUUUUUUUUUCAAUUUCUCACAAUUUGUUUUUGAUAUUCACAAUUAACUAGACUGAAAACAAAACAAAAAAAAAAACUGUAGCUACACUAUUUUUUUUUUUUUUUCAUUUUUAAAAUCAACAAACUUAUAACCACCAAGAUUUAAUAACCAAUGUCUUUUGUUUUUAUUUUUUUAUUCGUAAUUACAUACUUUAGUUGAUUAUGUGGAAUAAAUGCAACUGGUUUGCGAUAUUUAGAAUGUUAUGAAUAUAAUUUUUAUUUUAUGAAUUAAGAAAAAAUCCACUGUGUAACUAUUAAUAAAUAUAUAAUUUAUCUCACUGUUGGUUUUAUUAAAAAAAAAAAAAGAAAAAAAAAUUUAAAUGUCAUGAAAAACACAAUUUUAUUUUUACUGCUGAACUAAAAUCAUUUUAAGGACUAUCCUUAAAAAAAAAUAUAUUAUGUGUUUCAAGUAUAAGAAUGUUAUAUUAUAACUUUGUAUACAUUUUAUUGUAAAUACAUAAUAAUAUAUGAAUAUAUAUGUAUAUUUUAAAAUGAAUACAAUUUUAAUUUUAUUAUAUUAUCAUACAUUUUAUGUAGCUUUAAGAAUGCGAUUUAAUAGUUGUUGUUUUUUUAAAUCUUUUUUUUUUUUUAUUAACAUUUAACAUUGAUAUGUAUGUGAACUUUUUUUUCAUUUAAAUUAUCUGUACAAAACAUACAAAUUCGAUAUUUUAACAAUUAAAAAGAAGAAAAAGAAAAAAAAACAAGCAAAAAAAUUAUUAAAAAAAGAUAUGUAGGUAUUGAACAAGAAGAUAUGCAUAAAUUUGGUGUGUAAUGGUUUUUGUAAAUAGUCGGAAAAUUAUGAGAGUAUAAAAAUCAAUUUUGUUUUUCAACUAUAAUAAUUUAAGAUUAAAAGACAAUAUUUACUUUUGAUUUAUGGUAGUUAAUUUGAAACUUAAAAUUAAUGCUUUUAUUUGUUUUAUAAGAAAAUUUGUCAAAUUACAUAUAUUCUCUAAUCGCUAUAUCCUCGUAUAAUAGCUCGUAAGUAAUGACUUUUCGUUGGUUUAAUUUAUUUGCAAUUGGUUUUCAACACUGUCCGUAAACCGAGACAUUUUUGCAGAGUUGGACGUUAAGUAUUUCCACUCGUAGGUUAUAGCGACUCAUUCCCAGAUGGGAGCUUCAUUCUAGUUAGUUCUUCCCCAUGAAAAAGUGAUGUUUUAGCACUCGAGGGGAGAAAUGAGUUGAUAGAGAUUUGAGUACGGAUGGAGAUUCAUGAUAGGGCCAAUAAAAUUGAAUAUUGCUAUUUAGAUUUCUUUUCAUUUUUAUUUUCUCAGUUAAAACAAAAUAUUCAUUUAUUUUGAGUCUCUCUGCGUAGCUUAUAUUUACAAACAUAGAUAAACAAAAGCCUUAAUUUAGUACAAAAUUUAUAUCAUGCAUCAUAAUAAUAUUGUCUGAAUAAUAAAAAAUAAUGCAAAAAAAAUAAAACAUUUUUCCGACUGUUUUCAAAUAUUAAUUUGUUUAUAUAAAUUUUGUAUGUCUUAAUAAAAAUAAUAUUAAAAAUUAAAGAAAAACAGAAAUCUAAAUCAAAGCUUACUUUAAAAGUAACAAAAAAAUAUAAUUUAUUUUAAGUCUAAAUCCAGAUAAAUAUAUGAAUGUAGUUAUAUGUAUGCAUAUUUAUAUAUUAUAAAUUUAAGCUGAAAAAAAAAACAAACAAACAAAAAACAAUUAUUACACGACAAACAAACAAAAAAAUAAAUAUUUAUACAUAAUAUUAAAAUUAAAUAAGUAGUCCUUAUAAAUAUUAUUCAAAGAAAAAAAUCAUUAAAAAUAUUAAAUUUAAAAAUAAAUUAAAACAAACAAAACAAAUAUUUUAUUAUUAAAGGGAAUACAAAACAAAAAAAGAAUAAAUAAAGAAAUAUAUAUACAUAUGUAUAUUAAUGUGCCAAUCUAUCAUAGAAGUCUACUGAAUCAUAACUGAAAAUUGGUAAAAUUUGCAUGUGUGUUGUAUAAACUUUUUACUUUUAUAAGAUAAAAAAAAUAAAAAAUAAAUAAAAUAAAAUAACGUGCAAACAAAUUAAAUAAGGUUAACUAGCAACGGCAAUGUCAAAAGAGAAUUAAACAAAAAAAAAAAAAACAACAAAAUGAAAAAAAAACAAAAAAAUAAAAAAAAACAAACAAAUUAUUUUGUUGCGUUUAUAUUUUAAUUUUUUUAAGUUUAUUGUUUUACUACAAUGAUACAAUAUAAAUAUUCUAAUAAACAUUUAAUAUUAAUAAAUAUAAUAAACCGUUCCUAACACGAAGCAAAACUAGCAUACAAAAUGGAACAUUUUUUGCUACGAGAACUAAAUUUUAGAUACACAAAAUAAAAAUACCUUUAAUUUAAUAAAUACAAAAAAAAAAAUGAAAUGAAAAAAAAAUAUAAUAUAAUAUAUUUGUUUUUAAGUUUUAAUAUUUUUUUUUUUUAAAUAUAGAGUUGUGGUUCUUGUGUUAUGAUGAUAAUUGAAUAUUAUUUUGAAAUAUAUUUUAAUUUUAAUUUUAAUUGAUUUGUAAUUUUUAAAUUGUUACAAAAAAAAAGUCGAAGUGAUAUAAGUUGUUUGGGGGUAUAAAUCAUUAAUUUGUUUAUUUAUUUCCAAGGAAUGAGCUAAAAAAUUAUAAUUUGUUGAUGUUAAGUUUAUAAAAAAAAAUGUUAAUGGUAUUUUGUGGAAAUUGAAUGAUGAUUGUAUGAAAAGAUUCCCUUUAAUCUGGUUUAUCUCUUGUAAAUUCCUUCAAUUAUCUUCACACAAACUUUCAAGUAUUUCUUUCACCUUUUUAAAAAAAGUUUUGGCUAUUAAUAAAUUUCUUCUCAGCUUUUUAAAGACAUUUAAAAUUGUUUCUUUAAAUAAAUAAUUAUUUUCUCGCUUCUCGGCUCUAAAUCCUAAAAAAAAUAUUGAAAAUAUUGAAAAACACAUUUUUUCUUUAGUUUUUAUAAAAUUUAUUUCCGUUCAGUUCAUUGAAAUUUGUAUCACCAUCUGGACGAAAUAUAUGUUGAUCUCACCACAUCUAACCCCUUUGUGAAGUAAAGAUUGACAUUGGCUGUGUUAUCAUGCAUGGGCUUGGAGUUAUAAUUUUUGUGUAUUAGUCUUAUUACGAAUGCAAGUCAUCUUUAUUGAAUUUGUCAAUUAUCAAUUAUCAAUUGUCAGUGUCAAUUGAUUUAUUGAAAAACAUGUGAAAUUGUGUAUUUUAAAAUUAUUAAUUUACUGAUGAAAAAGUUUUUAACACUAAUUCUCAGCUUCAAUUCAAUUAAUCUCGGUGGCAAAAAGUUGUAUCGAUUGAUUGAUAAGAUAUGAAAUUAAAUUUUUAUCAAUUCGCUGGCUGAGAAUUAUAGGGUUGUAUGUUUGCAGGGUUUCCCAUAAAACAUACAACCUUAUAAUUCUCGGCCAGCGAAUUGUAAAUUGACAAUUGAAAAAAGGGAUGAUUUAAUUCAGAAAAA